AUGGCCGCCUCCACCAUGUCCGUCUGCUCCAGCAACCUGAGCUACGGCAGCCGCGUCUGCCAGCCCGGUUCCUGCGAUUCUGGCCCCGACCCCUCCUGGCAGGUGGACGACUGCCCAGAGAGCUGCUGCGAGCCCCCCUGCUGCGCCCCCAGCUGCUGCCAGCCCAGCUGCUGCGCCCCGACCCCCUGCCUCACCCUCGUCUGCUCCCCACUCAGCUGUGCCUCCAGCCCCUGCUGCCAGCAGUCUGGCUGCCAGCCUGACUGCUGCAGCUGCUCCCCCUGCCAGCCGUCCUGCUGCAUGAGCCUCUGCUGCCAGCCUGUGUGCUGCAAGCCCGUGUGCUGCGUGCCCGUCUGCUCUGGGCCUUCCUCCUCCUGCUGCCAGCAGUCUAGCUGUGAGCCCUCCUGCUGCAGCUGCUCCCCCUGCCAGCCGUCCUGCUGCGUGCCCGUCUGCUGCAAGCCCGUGUGCUGCUACAGGCCCUGCCCCUGCGUGUCCCUGCUCUGCCGCCCCGUGUGCAGGCCCGCCUGCUGCGUGCCCAGCUCCUGCUCUGCCUCCUGCUGCCAGCCCAGCUGCUGCCGCGCGGCCUCCUGCGUGUCCCUGCUCUGCCGCCCCGCCUGCUCCCGCCCGGCCUGCUGCCGUGUCUCCUUGGGUCAGAAGUCCUGCUGCUGA